CAAGGCACUUCACGCGAAAUGGGUAAUGAAGCAUCCUUUCUGACAACAGAACAGAUACAAGAAAUAUCAACUCAAACACCAUUUAAAAGCAAAGAUGUAGAAAAACUUUUAAAAAGAUAUGCCCACUACGAUAGUUCUGAGAAAGGCAUCAACGGUAUACCAUACAACACAUGUGUUUCAAUGCCAGAAUUCGCAGGCAAUAAAUUUGCCCCUCAUCUCAUGCAGCAUUAUAUGGAUAAAAACUCCCGGAAGAUAUACCCAAAGCAAUUUUUGUUGAUUUGUGGUGCUUUUAGCCCAGAAACAUCGGCUUUGAAGAAGAAGGAAUUACUGUUUGAAAUUUUUGACUCUGGUAAAAGUGGUGUCAUGACUCAUGGAGAAGUGUUCAGUUUAUAUAAAAUUCUAUUUGGCAAUGCUGUUAGUGAUAAAAUCAUUUUAGACUUGACUUUCCGUGCCUUGAAUCAUCCAGACUUAGACAAGCCUGGUGAAAUUAGAAAAGAUGAAUUUCUGAAGAUGAUUCCAGACAAUGAAAUCAAGACAAAAUUCUCAGUUGACCUACAAAUAAUCUGACACCAUGAUAAUUUGUUUUGUAUUCAAUAUAAGCUUACACCUUCCCUGGGUUUUAACUAACCUUGAAUGAAACAUGAUCUACAUGUAUGUGAAUAAAUGUAUAAAUGAAGUUCAGAUCAGAAAAAAUAAAGAAAAAUGGAUAAUGUAAAUUGCAGACUAUGCAGUCUCCAUGAUAAAAAUGUU